AUGAGAUAAUAAUAAAUUUCUACACCUACAGCAUAAUUUGGACUUAGACACUCUUUACAAAUUUAAUCUUCUCCAAAUAUAAAAUUAUCCUAAUAUUCACCAUAUUUAUCCCCAUAUUAAUCGCCUUUAUUAUAAUAAGCAUCUUUAUCAUAAUAAAGACAACCAUUAAAAUAACCAGAUUUAAGUAAUGUUAAUAGAAAUCUAUUUAAUGAUGGUUAAAAUAAAAAAGGCAAACAAUUGUAAAUAGUAGAUUUGAAUAAUAUUGAAGAGCCAUGGAAAUAAAAAGUUUAAUAAUUAGAGAAAAAGCUGUAAUAAUUAUAAUAAUAAUAAUAACAAUAAGAGUGUAAUGAAAAUGAGAGUGAAUUAUCUCAAGUCUAUAGCCAAAUUUAAUAGUUAGUGAAUACUAUCAAAAUAUUACAAGAAGAAAUUUAAAAUUUGUAAGAAAAAUCAGAUAUAAAAUAAAAUAUAAUUGAUGGUUAUGAUUCGUAAUUAAAUGGAAAAGAUAAAGAAUUAGAUGAUUAAAAUAAUUAUAUCUCAGAAUUACAUAAUUAACUAGAAGAGCAAACCUUAUAAAUUGAUGAUAAAUAAAAAUAGUUAUUGGAUGAAAUAAAUACUUGGAAAAAGAAAUUUAUUGAAUAAAAUAAGUAUAUUUAUUAUAUAAUUAUAAGAGUAUUACAUUAGAUCUAAGAAGAGUAAAUUAUGCUUUAGACUUAAAUUGAUAAUCUUAAAAAUAUAAGAUUGAUGUUGAAUAAAUAAAGUGAAAAUAAAUAAACAUGA